AUGGUUGAGGUCGCGAUGGCCUCGAUGGCCGGCGAGUCGGCGGGCGCUCCCCCUGGUGGCCGUCGAACUUCGAAGCCUGGGGUCAGGCUGUAUACGACGAAACGACGCGUUCACCGAAACGAUAUAGAUAAGGCUAUCCAGAUAUCGACAGGGUGCAAGCAGCUGCUACGUUGUUUCGAAUGUCAGUUGUGUAACUAUGUAUCGCUAUUCUUGGUGAGAGAGAAGACGUGCCAAACCCCAAGACAUCUCCCAAGGGCCGUCUUUCGAGCACACAGAAGGACACACAAGCGAGUCCGACGCACGCGCGACGGCUUCUCAACAGACACCUUGAUCUAUAAUUGGGUUCUGGAAUGUGGGGGUCCUUCGCAACUGUGCGAGCGCAUGGCAACGGUUGAGAAGGUCGUGGCGCACAAGAGCUCUCAAGGGAGGCAUACGGAUGGCUUGUCUCUCGAUGUCGUUAUAAGUCUAACAGCUCGUUUCUUCGUCCAAGUAAACGAAGAGUUUAACACCGGGCUCGAGGGCCACGGUUACUUGCAGAUGAUGCACUAA